CUUCCUUCUCGCAGCUGUUUCACGCUCGCACCGCAGAGCAGCCAAGAAAUUUGACAGGUGCGCCCGCGUGCAGGAACGUGCAGCCUCGCCCGCCCAUUGCCCGCCUCCGCGCCGCCGCGUCGCAGCUCGUCCGGCCGUGGCGGCCGUCGGAGAGGCUGCCCAACUUUUGUUCCAGCAGGAAGCUGCCCCACGCCCAUAGAUAAGCGGCUCGUGCGAAGACCGCGCUCCCCACGCAGCGGCAGCGACGAAACCAUGGCCGACGGCGCCGCGGAGUCGACGAAGGAGCUGACGGACGAGGGCGCGAAGGUGACGACCGUCGCCGAGGGCACGGACGCGACGGCGGCGCCGCCGGCCGAGCCGGCGAACCCCCUGGCCGAGCCCAUCUUUGUGAGCGUCGUCCACACCUUCGUGGACGACGAGAAGAAGGCGGCCUGGUGGGAGAAGAUGGGCCCGCUCAUGGGCGACAAGGAGCAGAUGGCCGCCAUGGCCGCGAGCCACAAGGCGCUCGGCUACGUGAACCACUACGCGAUGCCCUGCGGCCCGGACGGCGCCAAGCUCAACUGCCUCUGGGAGUGCCAGACCGAAGACGCCGCGGCGAAGUUCCAGGACUUCAUCGACAACGACGCCGUCAGCCCGGCCUCCGGCGGCACCUUCACGAACGACUGCUACCGCGCCAUGCCCGGCGCCCUCGUGCCGGCCACGGGCUUCACGGACGCCGAGCCGGCGGAGCCCAAGGCGUCCUCGGGCGCCUUCUUCUGGGUGCUCCACACGUUCAAGCCUGAUGGGGCCGCCGGCUUCUGGGGCAAGAUCGGCCCCGCGCUCGGCGACCCGGCCAAGUUCGCGGCCAUGGUCGAGGGCCACAAGGCCGCCGGCUUCUACAACCACUCCUUCGUCGCGACCAAGGCUGGUGGUUCGGACCCCAUGGUCUGCAUCUGGGAGGCCAAGGCCGACUGUACUACUGAAGAAUUUCAGGCCUUCAUCGACAACAACGACAUCGCGCCGGGCGACGAGUUCCUCGACAACGCGGUCUUCAAGAUCGCGCCCGGCGCAAGCGUGCCGUCGGCCAUGUUCCCUGCCGAGUAGGUGCUGGGCACCCGGGCGCCUAGGGGUAGGCGACGGGCAAGUAACAACAGCUGACUAAA